AUUUCAGCAGCCAUGACUUACUCUACUGUUGCUCCACCCUCCACCUCCAUCAACAACACCAAGAAGGACUUGGAUGUCUCUGCUUUCUCUUCCACAUCUCCGGCUUCAUUUCAGCUAUGCAAGAGAUCAGUUUCCAAGAAGAUCUGCUCCGUCAUGUCGCCAUCAGAGCGGAAGCCAGCAACUACUGGCUUGGUCAAGACGGGAAUGACGAUGACGGAGAAGAUAUUAGCUAGGGCUUCUGAGAAAACACAUUUGAGUCCAGGUGACAAUGUUUGGGUUAACAUUGAUGUUUUAAUGACCCAUGAUGUGUGUGGCCCUGGUACCUUUGGUAUCUUCAAGAAAGAGUUUGGCCAGAAUGCUAAGGUUUGGGAUAGAGAAAAGGUUGUUGUCAUACCUGAACAUUAUAUAUUCACUAGGGAUGAGCGCGCAAAUCGUAAUGUGGAUACCUUGAGAGAUUUCUGCACUGAGCAGAACAUCAAGUAUUUCUACGAUAUCAAGGAUCUUGGUAACUUUAAGGCUAACCCAGAUUACAAGGGUGUAUGUCAUGUUGCUCUUGCUCAAGAAGGUCAUUGCAGGCCUGGAGAGGUACAUUUAGGUACAGAUUCUCACACCUGCACCGCUGGAGCUUUUGGACAAUUUGCUACUGGAAUUGGGAUCACUGAUGCAGGUUUCGUAUUGGGCACCGGGAAACUUUUACUCAAGGUGCCUCCAACUCUGAGAUUUGUGCUGGAUGGUGAAAUGCCUGACUAUUUGCUUGCCAAAGACUUGAUUUUGCAAAUUAUUGGUGAAAUCUCUGUUGCUGGUGCAACAUAUAAAGCCAUGGAGUUUGUUGGCAGCACUGUUGAGAGCUUAAGUAUGGAAGAGAGGAUGACAUUAUGCAACAUGGUUAUUGAAGCUGGGGGUAAGAAUGGAAUCGUCCCUGCUGAUAGCACUACAUACAAGUACCUUGAGGAUAAAACGUCUAUACCCUAUGAACCUGUGUACAGUGAUAAUCAAGCAAGAUUUCUUACUGAGUACAGAUUUGAUAUAUCAAAACUGGAGCCAUUGGUGGCAAAGCCUCAUUCUCCGGAUAACCGUGCUUUAGCAAGAGAAUGCAAAGAUGUGAAAAUUGACAGAGUCUAUAUUGGAUCUUGUACUGGUGGGAAAACGGAGGAUUUUAUGGCUGCUGCUAGAGUUUUUCUAGCUUCAGGAAAAAAAGUCAAAGUACCCACUUUUCUUGUACCUGCUACACAAAAGGUUUGGAUGGACGUUUUCAGUCUUCCAGUUCCAGGAUCUGGUGGCAAAACUUGUUCACAGAUAUUUGAGGAAGCUGGUUGUGAUACACCUGCAAGUCCCACUUGUGGUGCGUGCAUGGGUGGUCCUAAGGACACAUAUGCUCGCUUGAAUGAACCACAGGUAUGUGUCUCUACUACGAACAGGAACUUCCCAGGCAGAAUGGGACACAAAGAAGGCCAGAUAUAUCUUGCCUCACCAUAUACAGCUGCAGCGUCGGCUUUGACCGGUUAUGUUACUGACCCUAGAGAGUUUUUGCAGUAAGAAUCAGUAAUAGUGUAUCAUGUACUCUUCCGGUGUAUGUUAGGUAGCCGAAAAAGGAAAUAAUCACACCCAUCUGAAUGGUUUUGUAUGUUGGGAUUAACAGGUCAGUACCAUAUGUAUU